GGACCUGCAGCUGCCCGCGUAGAACUUUGCGUGGAUCGCGACGUGGGACGACCACGUUCUUCAGAGGUCGCCGACAACACGUACCGCGAUGGCUCCAGCACGCUCAACAACACGGAGGCGUAACGCUGUAGUGCUAGCUAAACUCGUAAAUAUGGAGCUACAUACAAGCUCCCGACGAUCCGCAAAUGCGUGGCCAUAUCUGGCCAGCAGAGAAUCAACCCAGCACGUGCCCAGUCAGGUGGGAAGGAGGCCAUUCGAGGAGACCGUUUGGCCCCCAACGAGCCAACAUCCGCCAAGAAACCAACUGGUCAUUUUAGGCGGCGAUGGCAGCCUGACUGUCCAAAAAUAAGCCUCCCGAACGUCGAAAAACGCACGACAAAAUGCGUCGUUCAGACCCCUGGACUUGCAGCAAUCCGAGCAUCCAUGGCUUCUCGAAGGAACAGGCUGCAGGCGUCGAGGCGACCAACUCCAAUCAAACCACAAGAUCCCCGUAGACCUAACCGCUCGCGAAACAAACCGUCCUACACGUACCUGCCGCUGAACCCCGCACAGCACGAGAUCCGCCUGCUCGAGAUCGCGCCUGGACGGCCGGGAAGCCGUGUCUGCUGCCGCGUGUUCCACGCCUCGCUAAGCUCUGAACCACCGCCCGAGUACGACGCGCUCAGCUACAUGUGGUCGGCGCCGCGGCCGUCAUACACCAUCACCGUGAACGACGGCUGCGCCUUUAGCGUCGGGCGCAACCUGCGCAAGGCGCUCGACGACGUGCGACUGCCCGACGUGGCGCGCGUCGUCUGGUGCGACGCGCUGUGCAUCAACCAGGCCGACGACGACGAGAAGGGGACCCAGAUCCAGCUGAUGCGGCGCAUCUACUCCGACGCGCGCGUCGUGCGCGCCUGGAUCGACGUCAACCUGGGCCCGCUGGCGGGGCCGUUUGAGGAUCUCGCGCAGCUGGGUGAGAGGGGCGGCUGCAUGUCGCUCGCCGACGUCCAUGACCACGAGUAUUGGUUCCCCGUCGCGGAUGUGUUCAGACACCCCUACUGGCGGCGGAUCUGGAUCCAGCAGGAGCUCAUCCUAGCGCGCGAGGUCGCGGUGCACUGCCGCCGCCAGGUUCUCAGUGGCGAGGAGCUCUUCGAGUUUCAGCGACAGGCAUUCGACUCGAUAAACUCGUUCAAGGAUCUGGAACACUCGAAUGCGACGUCGGCGAUCCUGAGAUACAUCAACACCGACACUGGGAACGCAGGCGUUGCACUGUACGGCGGCGGCAUCAAACGGGCGCGACGGCUUAGACAGAAAGCUUCCCAGCGGCUGCGAGGAGCAGAAGGCGGGACCAUGGACUCGGUCGCGGCAAAAAAUGACUUGCCUGUCGGUGCUGUCGGUGCUGUCAACGGAUGGCUGGUCCAGCUCUUCGUGCAGUCGCGAUACCUCGGCGUGACCCACCCACACGACCGACUUUACGGACUAUUCGGCCUGGCCGCCGACUAUGAGGAGGGCGAGAUUGAGGUUGACUACAGCCUGUCCACCAUGCAAGUAUACGCGAGUCUCUUCCAGCAUUUUAUCAGAAAGCACGAUAGCCUGGUCUUCCUGUGCUCGGGGGAGAGGGACGGGGUCGAAAACAGCUUCGUCGGCGUGCGUGUUCCCAGUUGGCUGCCCACGAACGGCAUAAAAUGGACCUAUGCAGCCCGCGGACUCAGUCAGGCAUGCGGCACCUGCACCGCCGAAGGGGCACAUAUAAACCUCCAGACCGGAGCCCUCCAUGCUCAGGGUAUCUUGGUCGAUCGAGUCUCUCUGGUGGAAGACGCAACAAUCCUGCAAGGUCUUCCGAUUCCGAGCGCACUGGCCUGGGUUGAGAAGUUCUGCCAGGAACUGUGGUCCAAUAUCGCUACCGGCCGGCCAUUCUACGAGAGAGAGGAGGUCACCGAUGCAUUGUUCCCGUGGGCCACGAAGGAGUUCUAUCGUCGUUUCUUACAUUCAACAACCGGCAGACCAACCGCGGACCAGCGUCUCAAGAUCACCAAGGCGCUUCAAAGAGCCGCCGAGCUCGCGGACGAUCCCGGCGAUUUCAACCUCCGCAGGAUCAUCUGCGGCGGUUACACACCGUCCACUAUACUGUCGCAAGGGGAACGAUCCCAGGCGCUGCAACUAAACAUGGGCUUGGCAGGCAGGAUGCUCGUCGGGACGGAGAAGGGGAGGAUAGGGUCCAUGCUUUUGCCCAGGCUGGCCGUACCAGGGGACGAGGUCUGGGUCUUGCUUGGCUGUCCCACGCCCGUCGUGCUGCGGAAGAGGGACGGCGUGCAGGGACGUUAUGUCCACGUCGGCUUUGUCAUCAUUCCUCCUCUGAUGAAUGGUGAAGCCGUCGAGGAGCUUGGGAUGCCUCAUUCUGACCAUGCAAUCGUCGAUGUGGCAAUUGACUAGCGAUCCAGAAGCAUAAGUCACGGCAACCAAGGUACCUAAAUAAUUAAGAGAAAGUCUGCUCGGACUGUCAGUGGCAAAAAAGUACAUUGGAAUCUUCGCCAAGCUACUAGCCCAGCCAAAUCCCUGUUUUACCCGCAAAAAAACAAAAGAUUGAUGGCCAACCCGCUCGUCUUCAGAUGGCUGGUACAAUGCAGCUUCAACCGCGCCCGGCGCCCGGACCCCCCUCUCCCCCACCGAACGUAGCCAAAUUUCUACCCUGCAAGGCUGCAAUCGAAGCCAUCGCCAAAUCCAU